AUGGCUGAGGAUAAGCUUGAAAUUCCCGACGAUCUCAUCUCGAAACCUAGUGAUCAACCUUGGACUAACAAAGUGCGAACACACAGUUAUUACCUUCAUUAUCAGUGCGAACACACAGUUAUUCAUUGUGAUCUGAAGCCAAGUAACAUCCUUCUUGACCAACAAAUGGUUGCACAUGUUGGAGAUUUCGGACUGGCCAGACUUUAUCAUCCAGAAAUGGGUAUUUCCCAUCACAGUAGUUCGAUGGGAGUGAUGGGCACAGUUGGAUAUGCAGCACUAGAGUACGGUAUUGGAAGUCAAAUGUCAAUGAAAGGAGAUGUUUACAGUUACGGGGUUUUGUUGCUAGAGAUGUUAACGGGAAAGAGACCUACCGAUUUGAUGUUUGUAGAUGGUCUUAACAUUCGUAACUUUACUAGUCAAGUCUUAACAGGAAAAGAAAUUGAGAUUGUAAUGGAUCCAAUAAUUUUAAAAUGUGACAUUGUUAAUGGUCAGAGGGACAAUUGUCUGAUCGCAAUUAUGAAGAUUGGUUUGGCUUGCUCGGAAGAACUACCCCAAAAUAGGAUGAACAUGACCGAUGUUGUUAGGGAGUUGCAACAUAUUAAGAAGGCCAUGUUCAAAUCUUCUGAUGCAGCAACUUAUCCAGUAUUGGGUCAACCAGAUCCAAAACAAGAAGAUCCACAUUCCGAUCCAGAUCCACAUUCCGAUCCAAAUCCAGAACAAGAAGAUCCAAAAUUAAGAGAAGAUUCAAGAUCAAUAGAAGAUCAAGAAGAAGAGAAUAACGAAGAAUGGCUUAAUGAACCGUUGUUCUUUCCAGAUUCAGCAAAUGAUCAUUACUGUUUGGUGAAUGAACAAUACCUGAAUGCCACCAUCUUCACCAAAUCGGCUGGAUAA